AUGUCAGGUCAGAGAGGCAAUACAUUGCAUAACCUGAAGGUAUACGUUAUUGGAGAUGAAGAUACAGUUGCUGGAUUUCUGUUAACAGGCAUCGGAUCCAGAGAUCCUCAAGGAAAAACGAAUUUUUUAAUAGUUGAUUCAAAAACUCCUCAAGCUCAAAUUGAGGAAACAUUUAAGGACUUUACAAGUCAGCCAGAUUGUGGAAUAUUGAUGAUUAAUCAAACUAUUGCUGAAGAGAUUCGAUACCUUGUUAAUACUCACGACAAGAUUAUUCCAACAAUUUUGGAAGUUCCAAGUAAAGACAAACCAUACGACGCAGCCAAAGAUUCCGUAAUGCAAAGAAUAAAGUUAUUUUACGGUGGCUCUCUUCCGGAAUGA